UAAAGGAGCCAACACCUGCCACUGUAUCAAGCGUCACUGCAGAGAAGAAGGUGCUGUCUCGUCAAGAGGAGCUGAAAGAGAGAGCCCGACUGCUCCUGGAGCAGGCUCGCAGAGAUGCUGCAAUGAAGGCCGGAAACAAAAACAUCCCAAACUUAGCUGUCAGUGCAUCAAACAGAGCCACAACUGUCUGCGAUGAGCGGGAUGCAGAGCGACGGAGACAGCUGAGAGAGCGAGCCCGGCAGCUGAUAGCUGAGGCUCGAUCAGGAGUCAAGAUGUCUGACAUGAGCAUGCUGGACGCUUCCAGCACUGACAGAGGCAAGGGCAGCAGGCCCAGUCCUACUGGAGACAUUUUGGACCAAGUGAGAUGUCAUCAUGAGGGUGAUGCUGUUGAUGGUGAAAGGGGUGAGGAUGAGGAAGAGGGGACAGCUGAGGAAGAGCAGCUCUAUUUUGGUGGAGGUGGAGAUGAUGAUAAUGACGACGACGAUGAUGAUGAUGAUGAUGAUGAUGAUGAUGAUACUGAUACUGAUACUGAUGCUGCGGCUACAUCUGCGUUGGCUACUAACCCACUGCCACUGGAGGCCUCUCUUCCAGCCCCCUGCAGCACCCAGGGGUUCCUGGAGCUUACUAACACCGGCUCUGAGCUAACUUCACUGGGUAAACUGACUGGCUGAGGCUGUGUGGUGCUGCAUGGUUUACUGUCUUCUUCACUUUUAACUAACUUAUCUGUUUUACCUUCUUUUCUAUAAUUCCUCUAUUUCAGCUAAAUCUUUGUGUAUGCUCUGUCACAGAACUGCAAUCCCAUGGAAAUUCUCUCAAUUUUAUACUCAGUUAAUCACAAAAGAACAUUGUAAUACUCACGCAUGGCAUAUAUGACUAAAUAUCAACACAUAGGCAAGAUGGGAGCCCUGCAGUCUGAUCGAAGC